AUGAAAAUUAGCAAGAAGAAGGAGGGCAAGAGGGAAGGUGUCAGGAAGGAGGAGAAACGGAAAGGAAAAGGAGUGAAACGUCACCGCUGUCAGCACUGUGACAAAUCCUUCACAACAUCUGGAUAUUUAAAGAUUCAUCAGAGAUUUCACACUGGAGAGAAACCUUACAGCUGUGAUCAAUGUGGAGCAGCUUUCACAGUACAGAGUCACCUAAAAACACAUCAACGCAUUCACACUGGAGAGAAACCUUACAGCUGUGAUCAGUGUGGGGAAACUUUUUCUCGUGGUGAUGCCCUUAAAUCUCACCAGCGCAUUCACACUGGAGAGAAGCCGUACAGCUGUGAAGAAUGUGGAAAAGCCUUUUCUCAGAGUGGUAGCCUUAAAACUCACCAGUCUAUUCACACUGGAGAGAAGCCGUACAGCUGUGAACAGUGUGGGGAAACCUUUUCUUUGAGGGGUAACCUUAAAACUCACCAGCGCAUUCACACUGGAGAGAAGCCGUACAGCUGUGAACAAUGUGGAAAAACCUUUUCUCAGAGUGGUAGCCUUAAAACUCACCAGUCUAUUCACACUGGAGAGAAGCCGUACAGCUGUGAACAGUGUGGGGAAACCUUUUCUCGUAGUGGUAGCCUUAAAACUCACCAGCGCAUUCACACUGGAGAGAAGCCGUACUGGUGUGAACAGUGUGGGGAGACCUUUUCUCGUAGUGAUAGCCUUAAAACUCACCAGCGCAUUCACACUGGAGAGAAGCCGUACUGGUGUGAACAAUGUGGGAAAACGUUUUCUUAUAGUAGUCACCUUAAAAGACACCAGCGCAUUCACAGUGCCUCGUUGUGAACAUGUUUCAGAGCCAAGCUGUUUCCUCCUCCUCAUGCCCUGAUAGCUGUGUUGUUAUAUUCUGAUCUUCUCUCCACAUUGAAGGCUGACCAGCAGUAACUUUAUCUUCUGAGCAGCAUGUAUGUUAUUGUGGAUCAGCUGGACUGUUUUCUGCCUUUCCUCAGAACUCUUUACCAUUUAGGCACCAGAAUCGGCGCCUGAACCCAUCCUUUUAAAAAUUAUAUUUUUUAAAUGUAUAUAUUUUUUAUUUUUUUUAAACGAGCACAAAAAGACAACCAGCAACAUUUACUGGUUUCGGUAUCCAACCCUAACCACAAUGUACCCACCGUGGGAAGGAGAAGGCCCAAAGGAGAAACAUUAAGACGUUUAAAGAUGUUUUGUUUGGAAAACGUAGACAUGUUUGAAACUUUUAUUUUGUAAAAACUUUCUUCUCAUCUCUAGAAACCGAUUCCGGUGCC